AUGACAGGUCGGAUGUCUUUAAUUGUGUUUUUGAUGUUAUUUGUUAGUUGUUCUAAUGCAUCAUUGGAGGAGCUAGAGAUCCGGAUUCAAAACAUGGAAAGGAUAGUGCAGCACCAGAAUGACCGUAUCAAACAACUGGAACAUAUCGUGGCCAGUCAAACAGUGGAGAUAAAAGAGCUAAAUGGUGAAUUGGUUGACGUCAAAUCGGAGAAUUUGGACAAACAAGAGCAAAUUUCUAUUUUAAAGAAAAUGGUAUUAGAAAGUUUCUAUGAACAGUCCAAACAAGAAGUAGAUACUGAGGUGCAUGAUAAUCUGGUUAAUUUUGAUAAAAACAAGAGACUUCUUGAGAGUAUCGAUCCUUCUCCGGUUCCUGUUCAAACCACAGCGUUCUACGCAUACAUGGGUGGGGCAUUAACAACACAGGACCAAGACCGAACCUUAAUAUUCAAUAUAGUGAAAACAAACAUACAUGACGCCUACAGUCCACACAACGGAAUUUUCACAGUACCGUUUAAUGGUGUGUAUGGUUUUACGUUUAGUGUAAGAGAGGACGGCAGUAGCUAUGGUUCAUACGAAAUAAUGAACAAUGGUGUACCUGUAGGUUCAGCGAUAGGUAUUGUUGAGGGUACCAAUAUCCAGCAACAAGUGAUUGGGACAGUUAUAAUUUCGGCAGAAAAAGGCCAUGAAAUUUCCGUUAGAACGCACUCAAGUCUCCCACAUCAUGGUUUAAUACUGAGCAACACUCAUGGCAGAUCUAUGUUUGCUGGAUGGUUAAUAUCACAUUAA